AAUACCAGGAAUCAAAGUGGACUUAAUAAUACAUCUUGACUCGACCAAGACUAGCUGAAGAGCAUUAUCUCGUCCUUUCACUUCUCAGAAACAGUUUUCAGCCACAGAAAAUGCUGGGUUGCCAUUUACUGCAAACAACAGAGCCACCCAAAUGAUUUGCUUAACAGCCUUGUCAUAUUUGUCCCUGAUAGAGGUAUGAAGACUGUUGGCAGGCUGCACUAUUGGCCAAUGUUAGUGUACCCCGGCGAACAGGAACUCUUCUUGGGAUAAUGGAGACUGGUAAUCAGACCGUAUCCUCAGGGGAUGGACAGACUUUGGCCCCUCUCUGCACAGUUCAAUGCUGUGGGCUGCUAAACCGCACACUGGCAGUCAUGUUCAUGGUCAGCUUGGCCUUUGCCAUUGUAGUGGGAAACGUAGUCACUAUUACCGUUUUCAUGCAGACACGGCAUUCCCAAACACCACAGGGCUACCUCAAAGUGUCCUUGGCCAUCGCAGACAUGAUGGUUGGAGUCUUGGUGGUGCCUUUUUCCAUAUACACCGAGAUCUCCCUCAUGGUGACCAGCGCUCCUCCACUGUGGUACCAAGGUGUCUCUCAAGCCUCUCUGAAGGGCGUAUCACACCCUUGGCAACCCUGCAUGCUCAUUGGUCCAGUUUUUGCAGGAUGCACCUUCGUCUCGAUCAGCACCAUAUUUCUGAUGACAGUGGAGCGUUGCGUGGCAAUCUUGCGUCCGCUGCACAAGGAUACUCUAGUGACACGGCGUCGUACCCUGUUCCUCAUCCUCGUGUCCUGGGCUGGCAGCUUCUUAUUGGCCAUGGCUCCACUCAUGCUGAGCAACAGCUUCACACUGGAGUACAACGAAUGCAGUCGCAUGUGCAACUACGCCCCCUUACUGAUCGGAUUUCAGUUGCCACCAGAUGCAAACAUCCUUCUGUUGUUCCCAGCCUUUGACUUCACUUUACUAGGUGGCACGCUGGCCGUUAAUAUCCUGUCCUUCACCAGCAUCCGCCGCUACUCUCGGAAGCGGAAGCUCCUCUCUGAGGGAGGCUUUGGUGCUGACACAGGUGCUGGUGGCUGUCCGCAUAGACCCUCUUUUUCGGAUAUCAAAGCAGCUAAAACCAUUGGAAUCCUUACUUUUGCUUUUACAGCCUCAUUCUCUCCCAUCGCAGUUUUUGUGCUGGGGAAUGUGGUGGGCUACAUCUGGUGCAACUUUUCCUUCUUCGCAUUUUGGAUCCUGACGGGCAAUAGUUGCUGCAACGUGAUCAUUUACAGUGUGCGUGACCAGCGUUUUAGGAAAGGGCUGACCCUGCUCUUUCAGCGGGACAAAUCACAACCUCAUUCAGAGAAGAGCUGAGGUUUUUAGGACAGGCGCAGGUUGGCACCAACUGCACUUCCUUUAACUCCUGUAACUUCCGCAUCCAGAGAUUAAUGGUUUGUUUUUCAGGAUCUCUUUCACAAAUGGUUCAGGGACAACAACUAGCAUCUUUCCAGGGACUGUGGCAUUUGUCACUACAUUGUAUGGAGGAUUAGAGUCUAUUUUAGCAUAUUCUUGCAAUUUUGUAUUAUUUAUUCAGUGCAGGAUAUUAUAUCCAAACUGGUCGCAUAGUCACGUAACUACACUUAUAUUUUUGAAAAUAAUUUUUACAUGACUCGUUGUACAUAUCGCGGCACUUGUUUGGUGACAACUAAUACUGUAGUGUUGCACUUGAAGUGCAAAGGACCAGGGUGCGAGUCCAAAAGAGCAUGCGAGUUGAAACGUGAACCAAAAGUGUCAUAGAAGCAACACAAAAUGACGUGGUUGCUUCAGCAAUUGUGUUUUUCAUCUCACAUUUGCUUAUUGGACACUAUCGGUUAGGUUUAGGUUUAAGAUUUAGGGUAGGGAGGUACAAAUAUUUUUAUGUAAAAUCCAAUAGAACAUUACAUCAAAAAUAAAAUCCACACAGUGGACAUUUCAUCUCGGAACAGGUGCAAUGCAUGUAAUGAAUUUGCCACAGUAAUUUUCAUGAGAUCAGGCAGAUUAUAUCAAUUCAUAACAGAUAUCACCAGAGUCAUCUUCAUGUGUGCCAUUGUAAGAAGGAUAACAGACUGAUGCCUUAUUAAAGAAUAGGGUUUUGCGUAUCCAUCACAACCCUGUAAAAUAUGUUUCUGUGAUGUCAACAUUUUUUUAUGUGAUUAAUAAAAACACCUCACAUAUUUUUUCUAGGAUGAAAAGUUAUACAUGCACUGUAAACAAAUAAAAAUGCAGUUACUUUAAAGAGUUAUUUUUACCUGAU